AAGGAAGAGUCUGGAGUCGCGGGCGGGCGCUUGACCUGUGGAAGCGGCCGGGGAGCCUUUGGCCAUCGGAGAGGCCAUGUCCCGACCUCGUCUGACCGCGCUCGGGGUAUCUAGAGCCGCCGCCGUGGCUCGUGGUAGUAGCGGGGUUUGUGACAUUUCUGCCUUCGGGGACUCCGUGUCCAGCAAUGAAGUCGUUCAAGGCUCGUUUGCAGGCCAGGAACACAAUUUGCCAGUGUUUGACAGUUUGGCGAAACAUUGUUGCCGACUCUGAAGACAGGACUCCAAAAAAGAGAUUCUCUGAGGUGCAAAACGAGAGACGAGAGCAGGCUCAGCGGACCGUGUUGAUCCACUGCCCAAACAAAAUCGAUGAGAAAAAGUUUCUCAAGUUCUUAGCCCAGCACGGACCUAUUAACAGCCACUUCUUCUAUGAAAGUUUUGGUCUUUACGCUGUUAUAGAAUUUUGUCAGAAGGAAAGUGUAACUUCAUUGCAGAAUAUAACUCGGACUCCAAGCCUGGGCCCAGAGGCUGCAAUUCCAUUCAAGUCACGUUACUUCAAUUUAAAAUUGAGAAAUUCAUCAAACCAGACUUCUGAACUGUCAAGUAUUCAAUGUAGUAACCAGUCUUCUCCUUCAAGCAAGAAGCUUUAUCAGUUACUUUGUUGUGCAGAAAGUGUAGAUGAUCAGCUGAACACUCUGUUGAGGGAAUUCCAGCUCACAGAGGAGAACACCAGGCUCCGGUAUCUCACCUGCUCUCUCAUUGAAGACGUAGCGGCUGCGUACUUUCCGGACUGUGCAGUCAGACCCUUUGGCUCCUCAGUGAAUAGUUUCGGGAAACUAGGAUGUGAUUUGGACAUGUUUUUGGAUCUAGAUGAAAUUGGAAAAUUUACUGCUCAAAAGACCUCAGGAAAUUUUCUGAUGGAAUUUCAAGUGAAAAACGUUCCUUCAGAAAGAGUUGCGACUCAGAAGAUCCUGUCUGUGAUAGGAGAGUGCUUAGACCAGUUUGGCCCAGGCUGCGUGGGAGUACAGAAAAUACUGAAUGCCCGCUGUCCCCUUGUCAGGUUCUCACACCAGGCCUCUGGAUUUCAGUGUGAUUUGACUACUAACAACAGGAUUGCCUUGAAAAGUUCUGAACUGCUUUACAUGUAUGGUGCCCUGGACUCGCGGGUUAGAGCCUUGGUGUUCAGUGUCCGAUGCUGGGCUCGAGCACAUUCGUUAACGAGUAGUAUUCCUGGUGCUUGGAUUACAAAUUUCUCCCUCACCAUGAUGGUCAUCUUUUUUCUCCAGAGGAGGUCACCUCCUGUUCUUCCAACACUAGACUACCUAAAAACCCUUGCAGAUGCAGAAGAUAAGUGUAUAAUAGAAGGCUACAACUGUACAUUUGUUCGUGACUUGAAUAGAAUUAAACCUUCAGGAAACACAGAAACACUAGAAUUACUACUGAAAGAAUUUUUUGAGUAUUUUGGAAAUUUCGCAUUCAAUAAAAAUUCCAUUAAUAUUCGACAGGGAAAGGAACAGAACAAACCAGAAUCUUCUCCGCUGCACAUUCAGAAUCCUUUUGAAACUUCUCUCAACGUUAGCAAAAAUGUAAGUCAAAGCCAACUGCAAAAAUUUGUGGAUCUGGCCAGAGAAAGUGCCUGGAUUUUACAUCAGGAAGGUAAAGACCGCCCUUCGCCAUCAAGUAAUCAGCCUUGGGGGUUGGCAGCCCUGCUGCUACCUUCUGUAGCAAAUAAUGUGUCUCUUUCCAAGAAGAAAAAGAAGCCUGCAAGUGAAAGAAUUAAAAACUUGUUGGAUUCCAUAAAAAAGUAGUGGUGCAGAAAAUUCCACAGCCACUAAUGGGAGAAGAGCAAUUAGCACUCAGGCAUGAUGGCUGUUUAUUUGCUUUCAGAACUGGUUUUGUCCUGUAAGCUGGUUGCUGACUGCCUGGAAGAACCGUGCGAAGCCCUGGCAAGCCAUUCUUCCAUCCAGUGUCUCUCUUCUCAUGAUCUUCCUGUUGGGCCCUUUAAACUGGUCUGAGAUUCUGCGAUAUGUUCAGUCUGAAAGCAGUGGCACCAUAUGAAAACGCUAGCCAUAGGAACAGGUGAAAGAAGAUUAGAAUGUACUUCAGAUAAAAUAUACAAAGCAGGUGGGAAAAAUCAGUCUUAGAAUCAAACCAUUGUUGAUAUCCACAUCAGUCUCUGGGUGUAAAUCAUUUAAAGGGACUUCUAGAUAUGUACAUACGUAGGCAAUGAAUACAAUAAAGUUGAGAAGUUUGAUAGUA